AUGGUGCUAUUUUUGAAAUGGGGGAAAGAUCGGCACGCUGGGUGGCUGGUUGACAGCGAAACCAAAUUUCCCAUCGAUGUUAUAUUUUUGAUUACGAGGCUUUGGAUGCCGGUUCGGAAGUCACCAUUGUGGAUGGCUUGGGACUUGCAUCUCGACUUGCAUCUUCUUGCCAUCCACAAUGGUGACUUCCGAACCGGCAUCCAAAACCUCGUGAUCAAAAAUAUAACAUCGAUAGGGUACGUGCUUGCUUGGGACACUCAGGUUUAG